CAUCCACGCCCAAACGACCCAUUCCAGCGGUACGGUACCGCUGACCACGAUCCAGAGGAGUGAUGAGAUAUAACCUUUCGCGCCGCAAGCCGCCCUUCGACAAUGCGAGGGCGUCGUCGUCAGUGGCCCCGCUGACUCGCGGUACCUAGGGAGGGGAAACAGCCCUGAGCCCUGAGCCCCUCCGACGACUGACUUGGGCUGCACGGCACGGGGACCGCUGUGGGGUUUGGCUUGUGUCGACUUGGGUUGAACUUUUUUUUCUCCUCCCGCAUCCUUUGGGACGACGGGCCAAGCCACGCCACGGUACGGAGCACCUGCGUACUUGCUGCUACAGUGCUACCAUAGGCAGGGGCUCGCUUUAAGCCCGAUAGAUGCACAAGAAGGGGCACCCCUCAGCCCUCGGGAACUUGAUGGAAGCAGUUGGCCCUUCGAUCCGCCUUCUUUCGUUCUUUCACUUGCAAGACGGGUGAAGUCCUCCCAAUAAAUGGAAUUGGAAUUCCUGGGACUGCCCACAAUCACACCGGCGAGCGCUUCUUGCCUCGCCUGCCUCGACUUGCUCGCUUCUGAUUUGGCCUGGCUGCUCGUUGAGCAUUCCACAAUCAUCUCGUCCAACGCGCCUUCCCCACAGCUUUGAACCCCUGAGAUCGGCCGUCCCUGCACUCUGAUUGCAUCAGCCCGUGUCCCCAUCACUCCGUAUCCCCCGCCUAGCGCCCUCUUGGAAACCGCACCUUCUCAAAGCCACAGGCGCGUUAAACACCCUCAUUCCCAAACGGUCCUCUCAUGGUGCGAGUGAAGGGACCAACCCUGACCGUCCACACCUUCUCUUUUACCUCUUCUAUCCUCUGUCCGCCCAUUUGUCCGUGACGUCCUGUGUUGUCACCGCUGUGCUUUCCGGACUCCAGGCGGCUCCUCACAUUCUUUUCUCAAGCGCUCCUUCCUUCCUACCCGUUGUCUGUCUACUCCGGUACCGACCCAAUUCUUGGACUCUUCGGAGCAUCUCCUUGAAACUCGUUCGUUCCCUUGUCACGUCUCUCGUUCUCAUUCCCAUUUCCCGUUCAAUCUCAUUAUAUUCACCACCCCACCUCCUCAGCCGACUCUGUCUGCCCGGAUCAUCCCCAAAUCGCCAGCCCAGGCCAUUCCACUCCGAUCCCAUCGACCGCGAGACUCGAUCUAAGACAACCUCGAGAGCCGAACACGCCUCAUUAUUGCUUGUCGGGCAGCCUGCAGCACACAAUUUGGUCGCUGUCUCAGAGCAACGUCACUGAGUUUUCAAAACUUCAGACGUCAAAAGGAUCGACAUGCCCUGCAAGUAACAGGCUCAGGUGUCACCGACUGUUGCCUGCCCACAAUUCGGAAAAGUGGUCGAUAUUUCUGGGAAGGAGGUUAUAGAACAGCACAUUCUGCUACCGCCCAUUUCAAAAUCGCCAUCCAACACGCUUGCGACAGGUCUACAACAUGCGAACAUCUCGUUGUCUAGUGCCGGCAAUGCUGGCCAUGGUGGGGCUGGCCAAUGCUCAGGACUUCGGUGCUCUGUCGAGCUGCGCGCAAAAUUGCGUCAAUAACAUGAGAACCAGCGUCGGCUGUGUACCUGUCACUGACCAGUGUCUCUGCGGCAACGCCGCUUUUGAAAACGGGAUUCGUGACUGCGCAAAUCAAUCGUGUCCUGCUGAGGAAGCCGCAGCUGCCGUGGAGUAUGCGGGUGGAUUUUGCCUGAAAGCAACCGGGACUACAGCUGCCGCGCCCGAGACUACACCCGAGACGACUGCCACACCUCCUCCGCCUUCCGAGACUACCGCCGAACCAGAAACCACCACGACGCCUACCACUGCCACUGAGCCGACCUCGGUCUCAGCUGAGACUGCUACCUCAGCGACGGAGACCUCGGCUGCGAGCGCGGCGACCACUGAGACCAGCUCCACAGCUUCUUCAACCGCCUCAGAAACCACUGAGACGUCCUCUGCCUCCUCGGCGUCCAAGACCACUUCUGGCACUGCCGCGGGCACACAGGCAUCUGCAACCGAGUCUGCCUCAUCCACCGCUGACGCCGCUGCCGCGGCACCAUCGGACAGCGGUCUUUCUGUUGGCGCAAAGGCCGGUAUUGCCGUCGGAGCCGGCGCCGCUGUUGUUGCCAUAAUUGCAUUGGCAAUCGCCUGGUGCCAGACCAGACGCAACAGACGUCCCCUGCCUCGAGGCACUAUGCAGAUUUCGGAACCCCUUCCUGGGUCUGGCCGAAUGGACUACGAAUCCGGUACGCAGUUCACGGCUCGACCACCCAAAUCGGCCGGGGCCAACUCCAAGUUCUCCCAAAUGACGGAGCUCGACCAGAAUGCUCGACGCUAUGAGGACAUGCUUCCGCGUGUCUCUCCAAGACGCAUGGUCUGAGAAACUGUUCUGGUUCGCCCGGCAUAAGCGAAACGAUUUUAUUUUUGUUUUUGUCCUCACUUUUGAUACCUAUUUGAUUUUUGACUCUGUACCCUUUCGAACUUCUUGGUCUUGUCGCCUUCUUCUGCCACCUUACUCCUUUGUGUAUCUAGCACAUGACGCUUAUGACGAAAUUUGCAUGAGAGCUGGAGGGACCGAGUGAGAGCGUUUCCCGCACUGGUGCUCACUACCACCAUCACUACUACUACUGAUUUGGUCUGUCGUGAAGGAGCACUCAGACUACAGCUGGGGGGUGGUAUAUGGUCAUGUCCAGCGUUUCACGUCCACUAGACUCAUGGCGCUAUUCAGAGCUCAAGAUAGUUCAGCGAGGCACAAGCAGCUAAAAAAUUCCAUGCACAUCGCCGAUGCUGGACAUCAAAUAUCAUCAAACAUGCCCAGGCUA